AUGAAAGUUUCUUUAGAUCUGGAGAAUACCGAAGCGGAUGAGACGUUGUAUACCAUACCAAAAAACAUUCGUGGCAAUACAGCACACGAGGUAUUUGGCUAUAUUGCAGACACACUGAAAGAUUUUCUACAAGAUCGAAAUUUGGAGAACGAGUCAUAUCAGAUGGCAUUCGCUUUUAAUUUUCCCGUGGAAAUGACAAGUCUCACCAGUGCAAUUUCACUUACGUUCACGAAAGAAUUUUCUCUGCCUUCGGUGAUCGGAAAGGAAGUGGGUGGAUUCUUACAGAAUGCCAUUGACAAAUUGGGAUUAAAAAUUCGAAUUUGUUGUAUUUUGAAUGAUACGGUCGCUGCACUGGCAGCAGGUGUAUCUCGUGAUCCAGACUGUUGUCUUGGCAUGAUCGUGAGCGUUCAAGAAAUCACAAUGCUAAUCGAUGCGAACAACGUGAAUAGUUGGUCAUAUCAGCUUUGUCUUGGUAAUUAA